AUGAGCAAAAAUAUAUUUUUUGGAAACGGCACUAACAAGUACGAAGACCCUUAAGACAUUCGUUCUAGAGGAUUCAAUUUUUAAAACAAUAAUCGCUCUCAUUCAUCUAACCACUUUGCAGCUAAUAGCCAGAAUUAAAAUUUGAUUUCCAAUAACAAUCCAGCUGGAUUUUAACAUGGCUUAAAUAGUAUUAACAAUAAUAUUCUGAGUAGCAAUAAUAAUGUAAGCAGCAGUAUGAGCAGUAAUAAUAAUAUUUUAAAAGUAAAGAAUACAAACCACACUACAACAAGUAAUAGUAACUCAAUGCACCAUAAUCACUGCUCCUCUAACAAUAAUAAUAAUGAGGAAUGGUCUAAUGAAGAAAAAGAAGGAGACACUACAGAAGUCAAAGAACUCAAAAAUAGAAUGAAAAUAGUUAUGAAUAAAUUUAAUAAUGUGAAGAGAGAAAAAGAAACACUAGCAAAAGAAAACAAAAGUCUGUAAGAAGAAGUCAUGACACUCCAAUCAAACUUACGUUCAAUGAUUCAAGGAUUUUCAAACAAUACUUCAUCUAGUUUUCCUAUGCAGAAUGAGCUAACAGUAUAAAUAGCUGAAUUCUACAAAUAUGAUUGUUUGGACUUAUUCUUUGAUGUACUUUGCCAAGAAUUAAAUAUGAAAGGUAUUAUUUACUUCUACAAAACUACCUUUUAGAGGCUCUUAGAUACUGUUAAUACUUAUUUGCAACCUUCAAUAGAUGCUAUUAAAACUGUCGGAUGUUUUGAGAACUUAGAUGGUCCAAUCCUAAGUGUCUUGAGAAAGAGCUACUAGCUCAACUAUAAGCAAAUGAUAUAAAAGUGUUUCAAUAGAUCCUGCGUUUCAUCAAUCACUGAUGAAAUAUAAAAUAGUCUUAAAUUAGGAGGUCUAUCGUCUGAAACUCAUACAACAAUCUCUUAGUUUAUUUAAAAAAUGGGUGAAAUAAUUUUUCUUACACAAAUAUCUGAUCCUCCUUUGUAUGUGGACGCCAAGCUAGUCGGAUCUAAAGUGCAAUUUAAUUCCUUGAAGCAUGAUCCCUUCGAUGGAUUCAUUAAAUCUAAAGAAGAAUGCAUCAUUAUUUUACCAUCUGUUCACAAAGGAAACAUCCCAGAAGGAGAAAUAGUCUCUAAGGCCUUAGUACUCCAAUCUAAUUAUGAAAUCCCAGGUUGA